AUGCGCAAUCUGACACCUGGAGAUAUGGUUAAUGAUAUACAACAUGAUCAUGGUGUCAUGUUAUCUUACCCACAAGCAUGGCGGGGCACAGAAGUUGCACAAGAAAUAAAUGAAGGUUCUCAUGUGAAGGCAUACAAGGAUUUCACCAAUUUCAUGUAUGGUUGCAAGACACUGAUGGGACUAGAUGAGACAUUUUUGAAGGGAAGAUACAAAAGGAUAUUAUUGGCUGCAGUUGGGGUAGAUGCGAAUGAAAAUAUAUUUCCUAUAACAUAUGAAGUUGAGAGUUGGACUUGGUUUAUAGAGCUUUUCAAUGAGCAGUUUGACGAGAGGUCUGAUUUGCCAGCAUUGACUAUUAUCUUAGAUUUUCAGAAAGGGUUACAAGCCACAAUUGAAAAAGUAUUUUCAAGUCGUGAACAAGGCUAUUGUAUGAAUCACCUUGUCGAUAACUUAAAAAAUGCCUAUAGAAAUUUGGUGCUCACAAAGCUUUAUUGGAAAGCUACACAUGCAUUGUUUAUAUCAGACUUUGAUAAGUACAUGACAAAGAUUAAGAGUAGAAAUGAUGAGGCCUAUGUCUGGAUCAUGUUAAGCAUCCAAAGUAUUGAGCAAACACAUAUUUUCGGGGGUAUAGAUACAAUCAUCUUACAUCGAACAUCUCUGAAUCAUAUAACCGGUGGAUAUUAA